AUGGGAGGCCUCAUCAGCCUCGAGUCCUUCACCAACCGAUUCGACAACCCGUCGCCUGGAGCCUUGGCAGCCUUUAUCUGGGGUGAUCGCUUUGGCCGCCGCUGGGCCAUCAUCUAUUCGUGCAUGGUCCUCCUCGUUGGCGCGGCUCUCCAGACGUCUGCGUACUGGAAAGCCAUGUACAUUGUUGGCCGCAUCGUGGCCGGAGUAGGCGUUGGGUGUAUAUCCGUCACCGUUCCUAUAUAUGCGUCGGAAUGUGCCCACCCGUCGUGGCGUGGCAAGCUUGUUGUAUUGGAGACAACAAUGGUUAUCAUCGGAAUUGCGAUCUCGAACUUCACCAAUUUUGGUUUUGUCUUCGGCCGACCUGAACUCGACGGAACAGAAGCACAGUGGAGAAUCCCAUUAGGACUUCAAAUGAUCUUUCCUCCCUUCGUUUUUGCAUUGAUGCCGUUCACGGUCGAGAGUCCACGCUGGCUUGCUGCUCGUGGCCGCCACGGAGAGGUCGCCCACGUUCUCGCUAGGCUUCAUGGUCAAGGCUCGACAGCUGAGUCGCCACACAUCCAAGAACAGGCCAACAUCAUCGUACAAACAGCAAUCCACGAGGCGGAGGUGGAGUCUUCAUGGAAAGAGUGCUUCAGUGGCGGCGAGCUGCAGAACUUCCGCCGCCUGAUACUCGCAGCAACGACAGGCUUCCUUCACCAAGCAACUGGCAUCAACGUUGUCAUCUACUAUGCCCCAGUCAUCUUCCGCCAGGUCGGCCUCGAUGAUAGAAACUCGUUCAUCCUUAGCUGUGUCGGCUCCAUUUGCUUCUUGCUGGGAUCUGUCUUACCCAUCUUUUACAUUGAGCGCCUCGGACGGCGCAAGACUAUGAUGAUGGGCGCGGUGACGUGUGGUCUCUGCAUGGGUAUGAUUGCCUGCACUGGUGCGGUGGGCGCCAACUUUCCGGAGAGGGCUAUUGCUACGGGCUGGGCUGGGGCAGCUUUUGUUCUCCUAUUCCAAUUCUGCUUCGGCAUAGGGUGGAAUUCUAUGAACUGGCUGUAUUCGAGCGAGAUCGGUUCCUUGAGAAUGCGAAACAAGACUUCGGCCACUCAAUGCCUGUUCCAUUGGGGCACCAACUUCCUGACUGUCAUGGUUGCCCCGUCUGGCUUUGCUUAUCUAGGAUGCGUAGCAUUGACCAGAAAUCUCAGGAAAUUCUACCUGGUGUGGAUGGCAGUGACUCUCGCUGCAAUUCCCUUUCUCUUAUUUUGCUUUCCUGAAACGGCCGGUCGAACUCUCGAGCAGAUGGACGAGUUCUUCAAAAGGUAUCCACAAUGGAACAUACGGAAAGUUGCGCAUAACACUUUCACCGAUUCAGCCGUGGGCGAGGGGAGUGAGAAGGAAGCUGCAACAGUUCAUCAUUCGGAAGAGCGAGUAUAA